AUGUCAGAUCGUCCGUGGCUGCCUUUUGGGCAGCGUCCUCGAGACAACUCGUCUUCAAGGUCGCCGAGCUCGCCACCAUCCUCUCACCAUAGCGGUACUCUGGAUUCAGAAGACAAUCGCAGACCUGGUCCCAGUCGUACUACCAGCCUCUUGAGCCUUGGCAGUCUCUUCCCUUUGUCGCUGGACACGGCGGCCCCAUCAACGAGGACAGCCGAGGCAGAUCUCCUCGUUAACGACGCCGAUAGAGUAUGGCACCGUCCGUCGACACUGCAGAUGCUCGAGUCGUUGCAAGUUUCCAUGAUGUCAAGGCGCGCCGACGCACCCAUUCCCCUCGAGCACAAUGCCUAUGUGCUGCACCUCAUUGAGGCUUUCCGAGGCAUGCAGGCCAAAAUCAACACUGCCAACAGCGCUCGCGAAGAGGCGCAGCUGAAAUACACCCGAAUGAACCAGGACUUACAAGCAGUUAGAGACGAGUGGGCUAAACGUGAAGAGGGAUAUAGGGCAGAUAUCAAGAGGCUUGAACUGAUCAUUGCACGAGACUCUCGCGACGGUCUGAAGGCCGUUACAUUGGCCAGAGCAAACAGUGUCGUGGACCGGCAAGGACCCAAUCCGCAGCAAUUUAUUCAAAAAUUGGAAAUAAUGCGCAACCAGGAGGAAGCCCACCAACCCAAUCCAGUACGACAUUUUGAUGGCGUAGACGACGAUAACGACGACUUCAGUGCCUUUCUCGGUCAUGCUCAGCUCGCACGGGCAGACACAUCGGCGACUGUGAGUUACAUGGAAAAGGACGGGCGUGCAUCCACAGGAGAUCCGUCUGGGCGAUUCGGUAAGUUGUCAAACCCGUUCAACAACAGCAGCAGCAGUUAUCAUGGUUUCUCUUCCAAGGACGCGCCAUACGACUACUUCUCCCAAGCCCCAUACAACGAUGUUGACACGGUCUUCCUGCAUCUAGAAGCAGACAAUCUGACGAUUCAAUAG